GACAUUGACACGCAAUUAGAUACAGUCAUUUCUCUCCUUUUCCAAUCAUCACAUACACAAAUACUAGUCUGUGGAAGUGGAGAUGAAAGGAUCCAUAUAUUCACCUAUACACAUCCCAACUGGGGACCUUAUCUGCCCUCAUUCAUCAAAAGAAUUUAGAGUUUAGCUCCAAUAUUAACCCACCAUGGAUAUCUGAACCACUCCAUUUCAGGUCCCACCCCUCUCUCAAACAACAAAUCAAUCUUCUCCUCUUUCACAUUUCCUGCACAACUCUACCUCCAUCUUUCUCUUCAACACCAAGAGGAGCUAUUAUCUUAAUUCUCAGAGAUUCCAUGGACAGGACUGAGAGAGAAACUCAGGACUUCAUGAACGUUGAGUCCUUCUCUCAGCUGCCCUUUAUCCGCCGUGCGCCUUCGCUGCCCAAAGAAAAGGGUGCCGGAGGAGCCAUAAGGCUUUUCGGCAAAGAAUUUGGUGGUUACGACGAAACCACCAUAGACGACGACUCAGACUCCACUGAUGAGAACAAGAUUGCUCGAGAAGGAGAAGUGAAUAAGGUAAUCAGUGGUGAUAACACAGAGAUCAGCAGCCGGAAGUUCGAAUGCCAUUACUGCUGCAGAAACUUCCCUACUUCUCAAGCACUUGGAGGCCAUCAAAACGCGCACAAGAGGGAACGACAACAAGCGAAACGAGCUCAUUUGCAGUCGGUGAUGGCGCAAUAUGGUGGUUUGGUCGAUCAUGCGCAUGUUUAUGGCCUAAUGAACUGCAGCAGGCUCGGCUCAGCUCCGACGACGGUUCCUAUGGCUUAUAAUUCUUGGAACAGCAGAAGCAGCUCCCAUGGAAGCCAUGGCUCUUACAAUGCUCACCAGACACAGCCUAUCAACGGGAGCCCCUUGGCUUUAUGGCGAAUCCCAGAUGCUCAUAAUCCGUCGAUGGCGUACAAUCGCGACCGCCCGUUGCCAAUGCAUCAGCAAAUCCCAUUGUUUAACUCCAAGGAUGAGAUGAUGAAGCCAUUAUCAUCAAUCAGUAGUAGCCCUGGUUCUCAUCAGUUCAGGUUUGGGCGCGAGACGAAGGCUGACAUGCAUGAUCAUGUGAGUUUGGAUUUACAUCUUUGACUGAUUCUCCACGAACCAUUUCCUCUACAGGGGUAAAGAUAGAGAUUAUUCAUUGCUAUCGUGAUCGAUAUGAGGAAAAUUGAGGAAUAACAACUCUGUUUCUUAAUUAUUUGACAAUAUUACACGUACUUAAUUUACCCGUUGCUGCACGAAUGCAUACAAAUUCAUCA